GAAUGGCGCUUGCCCCUGAGCACAUUCCUGCGCGAUACUUGGCUGUCCCUCGUCAGUGACAGCGGCAAGCUGGCCGCGGCCCCGGUGGAAGCUUCGUUUGAAGAGUACCUGGAGAUUCGCGCUGCCACGAAACGCAACAUCUUUGUCUUCCUGCGGGAUGACCUGAAUGAAACAUACAAACCAGAG